CCCAUACUAUACAUUAAGUAAUUCUACUAUAAAUGCUAUCAUCAUACGUCACAAAUACAUUGCUUGGGCUGCCUGUGGUGUAUGGAGCUUUUAAAACAGAGUCAGCGGCGGGCUCACCAGCAUGUUUUCAUGUCGUCCUUGUCGYUGUUAACGAUCGAGUGCUUGAAGCAAAAGUACUGAUCAUGACUUUAGAACUACCAUUAGCCUUGCCAAGGGUCGAAAUAAUCCUUAUCUCAUUAGCUACUGUUGUAUUUUUCCUCGUCAAAUCUCGCCUGAUCUCGAAGCUUUUGGACAAARUUUUUUCAUCAAACGCGUACAAAAUAUGGUUUGCUUACUUGUUGAAGAAGAAUACRCCAUCUAAGGACAAAAUAAAACCURGUAUURUGAAUCUUCAUGAGGAACAUCACAAGAAGAUCAGAGAUAAAGUUAUGGAAAUUGGAGGAGACGUGAUGGAGAUCGGAGCAGGAACGGGAAGGUAUUUGGAUCUCUUACGCCUUCCUGAAGAAAGUUCUUUGGUUGUGRUGGAUCUCAACCCGUUCAUGGAGAAACAUUUUCGCGAGAGUCUCGCAAAGGCGCCUCAGGUCAAGCUGAAAGACUACCUGGUGCAAAGUGCUGCAGACAUGAGUAACAUACCAGAUAACACCUUUGCUGCUGUUCACACUAUAGAUGUGAUGUGCUCGCUGGAGAUAGAGGAUCUGAGGAAGAUGCUAAAAGAAAUAAAGAGAGUGUUGAAGCCGGAUGGUUGUUUGUUCUUCAUGGAACAUGUCUUGGAUGUACCAGGUACGUGGAGAAGAACCUUCCAGAAGUUUCUUACUUCACAMUUUGGAAUAUGGCCUCGACUCUUUUGCAAUUGUCACUGUGACAGGGAGACAUGGCGAUACAUACAGGAUGCAGGGUUUAAUAGUGUAGAUCUAGGCUAUGUUUAUCUACCUUUGGAUAAUUUGCCAUGUUUAGUAAAGGUCAUAUUGUUCGUUAUUAGACGAUUUUUGAUAGGUCAUGCAAAAAAGUAAUUGGAUAAAUAGUUUUCUUUUUUUUGAAUAUCUUGUAAAGUAAAAACACAGCCUCCUCCCCCCCCAAGCAGCCAGCAGAUCUCAUAUACAAAACAAGACAACAUAUUUUAUGGACUCCGUAUAAAAAUAUUUACAUUGGAUUGCUGCAAAUAAAAAUAUAGAAUAGUAGUAUAAUAGUAGUCAGUUGUAUGAUAUGCAGUCAAUCAAUGUGGCAUAACUUUACCACAGUAUGGUAUAAAAAAUAUGUGACUUGUUACUGUUUUUUGUACUGUUCUUAUUACAAAGGAAACUCAGUUUAUACAUUAUAUUUCAACACAUAUGGUUAUGAGGUUGCACCUGUGACAAGUUGUGUCCUUUAUACAGUAAAAACUAUAACAAUGAA